UGACAUCCUGACGUAAGCAAAACAUAUUAAAUUGUAUUUUAAUUUACAUAACGUUAUGUAACUCGAAGAAGUAGAACAAAAUGGAACAUUUAGAAGCACAAAUAUCAUCUAUGUGCCCAUUGCCAUUCAGUGGAAUAACUGGAGAAAUAUUCUUAAAAGCUGUGUCAACAGUGGUUGCUGUACAUUGCACGAUAUUGGAUGACUUCCAUUGGCCACCCGAUAACUCUCGAGAAAUCCUUGAAGAAGGUUCGGGCAUAUCAUUUGAUUUCAUAGUUGUCGGUGCAGGAACAGCAGGUUCUUUGUUUGCAAGCCGGUUAUCAAAUGCUUUUCCAUCAUGGAAAAUAUUACUGAUAGAAGCUGGUGACGACCCCGGCAUUGAUACUGAGAUACCGGCAUUUUUAUUCUUAAACCAAAAUUCAAGUAACGACUGGUCUUAUAAAACGCACCCAGAUGACAACAGUUGUUUAGGUUUUAAAGACAACAGUUGCAUAUGGAGCAAAGGUAAAGGGCUUGGUGGAUCAAGUUCAAUAAAUGCUAUGAUUUAUCUUCGUGGCCACCCUCAGGAUUACGCAGAAUGGUACAAUCUUGGUAACCCUGGUUGGGACUAUGAAAAUCUCGUAACUUAUUUCAAUGAACAAGAGGCACUUUUCAAAAUCACAGAUCCUGAGUUUAAAGGUUAUGACAAUGAAUGGUACAAAAUUCUCGACAAUGCAUGGAAUGAAUUAAACUUCACAUCACACAACUAUAAAAGUCACGAAGCUAUCGUUGGAACUAAAAAGACACGUCUUUUGACACAAAAUGGAAAACGUAUGAAUACUGCAAAACAAUAUUUCAAAGAUACUGAUAAAUUAUUUGUUAUGAAAAAUACACUUGUUGAAAAGGUAAUUAUAGACCCUCUAAAUAAACAAGCCUGUGGUGUAGUAGUGAAGCACAAAAGCGGUAUCAUAAUGAACAUUACUGCAAAUAAAGAAGUAAUCUUAUCGGCUGGUUCGAUCGCCACCCCGCAAAUACUUAUGAUGUCGGGAAUCGGACCAAAGUCGCAUCUCGAUGAAAUUGGUAUUGAUUGCCAUCAAAAUUUAAAAGUAGGACAAAAUUUACAAGAUCACGUCCUCCUUCCUCUGUUUUUGAAAACGAAUAUGAAUAUGACCACAUCAACUGACGUUAUAAAUAUACUUCUGCUUCAGUAUAUGCUAACUAAAACUGGUCCAUUCUCUAACAUCGGUUUAACUGAUUAUAUGGGUUUUAUUGAUACAGAGAGAAAUUUGGAUUAUCCUGAUAUUCAAUUCCACUAUUUCUAUUUUACUAAAAAUGAUAAUUUUGUUUUAAAACCUUACCUCGAAGGGCUCGGUUAUAAAAUUGAAAUCAUCGAAGCAAUAGAAGAUUUGAAUAUAGAUCACGAUUUUUUGGGUAUUUAUCCUACACUUCUGCGUCCCAAAUCUACAGGUGAGAUACUUCUGCCAAAACGACCCUUAACAGCGCCUAUUAUAAAGGCUAAUUAUUUUCAACAUCCUGACGAUGUACGUACAUUCUUAAGAGCUAUUGAUUUUGUCCACAAACUUGAAAAAACUUCCAUUUUUCGCGAAAUGGGAAUUGAAUUACUGAACGUUAGCAUCCGAACAUGUAAUGAACAUUUAUUCAAUACGGACAACUAUUGGUGGUGCUAUAUAAGUCAUAUGGCGACUACUAUUUACCAUCCCGUUGGUACCGCUAAAAUGGGUCCACGAAACGACGUCAAUGCCGUUGUAAAUCACGAUUUACAAAUUCACGGAAUUUCAAAUCUUAGAGUUGUUGAUGCAAGUAUCAUGCCUACCAUACCGGGAGGUAACACUAUGGCUGCGACAUUAGUGAUAGCUCGAAAAGCUGUUGAUAUUAUAAAAAAGCAUUACGAUAGCAAAGAUGAACUAUAACUG